AGAGUUUUGGUUUAAGGUUAAGGAUGCAUUUGUCAGAAACAUAUAAAAUGCAAUAUGAAUCAAAUUUAAUUAAAUAUGUUAUAGUGUUUUAAUCAUGGACACAUAAAAAUAACGUUUCAUAUGUUGUCUACCAAAAUCCUCUGCUAUUAUAUGGACGCUAAUAAAUUUGCACAAUUCUAACCUAUAAAAUCCAGUGCAAAAUGUUUCUGCGAAGAAAAUAUUUAAUUUCCACAGCUUCGUCUGUUUCUGCUAGAGCGAAACAUUCAAAAGAUCAUUGGUCGAUGAAAGAUAAGAAAAUUUUCCCAAAACAUAGAGCUUUAGAACAUUUUGAUGAUUUCUAUAAAUCAGUAUUUGGCGAUAAAUGGCCAUCGAUUAGAGUAGCCUUGUUAUCGCCGCAGAAGUAUGUUGCUCUCGUCAAUAAUUUUGGUGAUACAGAAAAAACAUGUGAAAAACUAGAAAAUUUAGGAGGAAUUAAUUUGAGAACAUUAUACAAUAUUCAAAAAGAAAAAUUUUUAAUGAAAAAGCAAAAAAAGCAACGAGAUAAACAGCUUGAUAAAAUAUAUAAAAUGGACCAAAGUUUAGAGAAUUUCUUAAUGAAACAGAGACAAGAUGAAGUUAGUUCAGUUUAUGGAACUAACGCAAAUGAAAUCAGUAGUAUUCCUGAAUCAAUAAACAAUACAAAAGAACCAACUACAGACAUUAGCAGUGCUUCUAAUACAGAAGAUUCUAUUUCUACAAAUGAUGAAGAAUCAAGCUUAAGUUUGCAUGCAAAAUUAAAACAUGCUAAGUAUGAUGAGAGAAGAUUAAUUAAUCCAGAGGUUGGAUUAGCGGCACUUCAUGAGUUUAUACCUGCAACAAAACUGAAGGGAAUAGAGGAUUGGGUAUUUGAGUCGGAACAUUAUCAAUACUAUCAAAAUCCAAGUGAAUUUCCUAUUAAAGUUGAAGCAGAGGCUCCAUUUACGAUACCUGAAACUUUUAAUGUAUACAGUUAUGAACGUGGAAAUAUAUCAGAUUUUCCUUCACCAAAGAGGGGAUCAACAGGAGUAUUUUCUCAUUAUUUAAUGAAUGGCGGUAGUAUAUUGCCUGUUUUGGCAUUAGACUUACAAGCUGGAGAUCGAGUUUUAGAUGCAUGUGCUGCACCUGGAGGAAAGUCAUUGCUAAUGUUACAAACCUUAUUGCCUGGACUAGUUAUAAGUAAUGAUAUUCAAGAAUCUAGGAUUAAUCGUUUGAAAUCUGUUUUUGAUCAAUAUCUUUAUGAUUAUGGUACGAAAUGGAAAGGUUUAUCCUACAUAACCAAACAAGAUGCUCGUGCAUUGAUGGAAUAUGACUCAUAUGAUAAGGUUUUAGUUGAUGUACCUUGCACAACAGAUCGUCAUUCUGUAAAUAAUGAUGAUAACAAUAUUUUUAAACCAACUAGAAUAAAGGAACGGUUGAGAAUUCCAGAAUUACAAUCUCAAAUUUUAAGUAAUUGCCUAAGACUAGUUAAACCUGGUGGAACUGUAGUUUACUCAACCUGCUCGCUUAGCCCUGUUCAAAAUGAUGGUGUUGUUCACUUAGCACUGCGGCAAGCAUUUGAAAAUCAUAACAUAGAAGCAUGUAUUAGGAAUAUUUCUUCUGCUAUGGUACCUUUUGACCACAUAUUUCAGUUUGGAUACAAUAUGGGAUUGCGAUACGGACAAAUGGUUAUACCAUUUUUGCCAUCAAACUUUGGUCCUCUCUAUUUUUCUAAAAUCAUUAGGUUAAAAUGAAGUAUUGAUAUAUAGCAGUGUUCAUAGGUAGUUCUUGAGUAUCCACUGAUUGUUUCUGUUUUGUUGGCCCAUUAUUCCAAGGUUGCUCUUCACCGCUGCUCCAAAGCGUAAAUACUGUGAAUUCAACUAAAUACAGAGCAAGCGUC